GCAAGUCAUGCCCACAUUUCUCGCAUGCCCAUAUCAGCCCAUUGUUAUUGAAGAUCUAUAUGCAGGACAACGCAUAAGUGGUCUGGACCAUGCGCCAACCUGGCGAAUGAACUUGACUGCCGCCAGUGUACGGGAUAGCGACGUUUUCUUUGUAGCCGUUAAUCAGCAAAUCAAUGUCUAUCGUAAUCCGCAUCGGUUCGAUAAGCGCUUCUCGAUUGCACCGUAUCGUGUGCUCAAGAGUGGUUCUGGUGAGGAACAUGAUGGACCGAUCAAUGCCAUUCGAGUCGGAGAAAUCGGAACCGAAGAAGUCCUUGUAGCAGUUGACGACAACCACCUCGUCCACGUCUGGUUCACCGCAGAUCUAGAUCGCCACCCAAUUGUACUGCAGCAUCGAGACUCGGCGUGGGGCAUUGCGAUACACGGACCGUCGUAUUUACUCGCUGUUUCGGCUAAUUCGCAUACUAUUAUGGUAUGGAAUCUGAGGUCAAGCUAUCAAAGCCAUGGCAAUUUCGUCAGUGACAGAGAUGGCGAUCCACUCGGCGGCGUUGAGAAGAGAGAGCUUGUGGGACACGAACAUAAUGUUCCUGCCAUUGACUUCAGUUCAUGUGGGAGGUACCUGCUAUCAUGUUCUAUAGAUUGCACUCUCCGAAUAUGGAACAUCAAAACUGGCGAGACUCUUUAUUCUCGCGAAGUAGACGGGCAAUGGGGGUGGGUUGCCCGCUUCAUUCAGCCCUCAUUGUUCAAACACAUACCGUCAUCCACGCCAGAUGAAUGCAACCCAUUCAAACGACGUCGCGAGGAUGUAUUGCAAACGCUACGGCAACGGCUUGUACCCGAUACUGGCCCCUCGGUACCCGAUACAACGUCUAAUCAGCAGAGGGACACGGCGUCCGAGGCUUCACAGGAGGAUUUUGGCGACAACUCUGAUUCUGAUGUCGAGCCCGUCAGAAUGGAUGAUACUGAUUACGACAGUGUUCUUGAUGUUGACGAGGAGCCAAUUGAGGUGGAGCGAGUAGCUACUGGUGAUACGUGCAUGGUCAUGGAUUUACCGGAAGAUAUGGCCCUUGAAUCCCCAUUCCCGACAAAUCCUUUCCCAGAAAACGACACAUCCCCAUCCGUUCCUCAAAAUGAGCUGGAAACAACAAAUGGUGAAGACCCUGACUCAGAAUCCCGCUUAGCUAUGUUCCUCAUGGACCACACCAGCAAUCUUUCCACCCUGGCCGAACCUCUUGACAGCGAUCCAAUGGAUGCAACCACCUCGCUGACUGGAUACCCCGCACCCAAUCUCGAAGACGAGGGGGCCAGCGAAUGGUCUUCCAUAUUGGAUGAAAAUGAAAGCUUUUCUAGCAUCCCCCCCUUGCCGCCGCAAAUAACAGAUAGUGACUCUGAUACAUCUCAAAUCGUUGAUGAAUCUGAUGAUUCUGCCUCAACUGAUACAGAAUCCUAUUACCCCUUUGUUUACCGCCCGUUAAGCUGGUGGAGACAGUGGCGGCAGCGGCCAAUGGUCCCAACGCCCCCACACAGCAUCAAAUUAGCAGGCGACCUUCCGCGAGAUUUGAUCCUCUGCACGAGUGUCGAUAAUCUUUUUCUUUUGCACACGGAGACGCUGAACACGCUGCAUAUGAUACAAAAGGUCAUUAGUCGGUUCGAUCCCAGGAUGGACCCUGUUUUGAAUUUGUAUGAUCGACUGUGCAUGGUGGAAUGGAUUGAGGAAUUGAGUGCCGCGGUUGUGGCAAGUCAAAAGGGAACAGCAGCACUUAUCCGGCUCUUACGAACCCACGAUAAGGCAACUAGUGAGAGUAAAUUCAUGCUCGCCGUGGAAGAUGUCCUUCCGCAUCACGUCCCACCUAAUGCGCCCUUACUUGGCAUGUUUGUUUCCAAACAUCCGUCACCCGUGGAUGCUGCUUUGUCAUUUUAUCGAGUUCAUUUUCUAUACGCUGAUGCGAGAAUGUAUGGUUACGAAUUAUCUGUUUCAUCAGUCAUCAACCCUGUUGCGAUCAACCGAGUGGUUGUGUGACGGGUUAGCAUUAUGUAAAUUGUCCAAGUUCAUUGCAAUAAAAGAGGGGCGGAUAGUCUGCGGAAACAAUUCUCAAGAAAACGCUUUCUAUUCACUACAGCCAUAAACAGCAUUCAAAAGAUUGUAAUGUAAUUGUUAAUCCUGUC